CAGCCCACGCGGAUCGGAUCGCCAUUUAAACGCUCUCCUCUUGCUGCUCCCACCAUUGCAGUUCGCACACACAACACAUCAUGGUCGGUACCGUUGCCAUUGCCAAGGACGUGGCCGCCGAGCCGGAGCUGCUGCUGGACCGCAGCCGGGCCAUCACCGUGCAGGGCGCCGACAAGCGGGGCCGCGCCGUCGUCAGGAUCGUCGGCAAGUACUUCCCCGCGCGCGCGCUGGGCGGGCGGGCGGAGGAGGCGCUGAGGGCGCACCUGCAGAGCCGGAUCCUCCCGGAGGUCGGGGAGCGGGAGUUCGUCGUCGUCUACAUGCACUCCCUCGUCGACCGCGGCGACAACUGCCCCGGCCUGGGCGCCGUCCGCGCGGCCUACGAGUCCCUGCCGCCCGUCGCCAGGGACCGGCUGCGCGCCGUCUACUUCGUGCACCCCGGCCUCCAGGCCCGCCUCUUCUUCGCCACCGUCGGCCGCUUCCUCUUCAGCUCCGGGCUGUACGAGAAGUUGAGGUACAUAAGCAGGCUCGAGUACCUGUGGGCGCACGUGGAGAAGACGGAACUGGAGGUCCCGGAGUGCGCGCGCCGGCACGACGACGAGCUAGAGCGACGCCCGCUCAUGGACUACGGGAUCGAGGCCGCCGACCGACGCUGCAUGUUCGACGCAGCGUCCAUGGACACCUCCGCGUCCCUGCACUCGCUCCGCUGCAUCUCCUAGUACAGGGCAUCGCGCGAUUGCUUCAGCGUCCGGCUUUGGUGUAGCAGGCUGCUUGAUCCAUGUUUGCUACUAGAAAGGAAAGCUGUACAAAUUAGUAUUAGUGAGACUAUAGGAGAUAAUAAAGAGAUCGGUAAUUCGAAAUCUUUCUGGCUGCUCUUUCUCCGCUAAAAGAACAUGCGGAAUUGCUCUUUCAAAACAAGA